CAUUGACCCAGGGAAGGAGGAAGCGGCCGGGCGGUACCCUCUCCCCACCCCUCAGUCGGACCGGGUUCGGGAGCACAGUCCAUCAACUCCGAGCUGAGCCGAGUCGAGCCGGCGUCGCUCCGGUUCAGAUAAAGCGAGCGAUGGCGGCGCGACCGGAGGAGGCCAUUUUCCACAGAGCCCAGUGCAGGCGCUUCAAGGGCCUGACCAAAGAGAAAGAUUGGAAAGGACCUUUCUACUUCAUACAAGGAGCUGAUCCACAAUUUGGCCUUAUGAAAGCAUGGAAGGUUGGAGAUCACGAUAAUAGCGGUGAUGAAUGGCAGGAAGAAAUCCAGCUCAUGGAGCAAGCAGUGCAGGCUAUCAACAAGUUAACCUUGAAACCCAAGUUCUUUGUACUAUGUGGAGAUCUUAUUCAUGCAAUGCCAGGUAGCCCUUUCUGUGAGGAGCAAAUAUUUGAUCUCAAGCAUGUUCUGGAGGACAUUGAUCCUAAGAUUCCAUUGGUGUUCGUCAGUGGCAACCAUGAUAUAGGAAACUCCCCAACCCCAGAAAGUAUUGCCGAAUAUUGCAAAAACUGGGGAGAUGAUUACUUCAGUUUCUGGGUUGGGGGAGUGCUAUUCCUUGUGCUGAACUCUCAGUUUUUUCAAGAUGCUUCCAAUUGCCUUGAACUAAAGGAAGCCCACGAUCUUUGGCUGGAUAAUCAACUUGCUACUGCUGAACAGUUAAAAAUCAAAAAUGUGAUUGUGUUCCAGCACAUUCCUGUAUUUCUGCAAAGCGCUGAAGAAGAGAAUGACUAUUUUAACCUGGAGAAGUCAAAACGACUGGAUCUUCUGCAGAAAUUUGAAAAAGGAGGUGUAAAGGCGAUCUUUUCAGGCCACUACCAUAGGAACGCUGGUGGCAAGUUUAAUGAUCUGGACAUGGUAGUGACUUCAGCUAUAGGUUGCCAAUUGGGAGAGGACAAGCAUGGUGUGCGGGUGGUCGUGGUGACAGAGGACAAGAUCCAUCACAAGUAUAUCAGUUUGGAUGAACUCAGUGACCUUGCAGUCAAGGAAAUGAUUUCAAGCCAUCUUGAAGUAAAUGAUGAGAGUCCUUGUCUUUUUUAUUAAAGUGAUCAGAAGAGGCUAUUGAAUCAGUGUACACAAGGACCAUCGCAUUAGCAGCAUUAAUGGGUAAAUUUGCGUAUCUGUUCAACUCACUUCUAUAACCACACAGUGAAAUGUCCAGAAAGAUUAUUCCUGCUGCAUUUAGCUGGAAGCACCAAUACAUGUGAAUUUGACCAAAUCAGCUGCACAUUUUUCCAUAUACUUAGGUAAAUAUCCAAUGCAGUUACACACAUAAUCUUGAGACUUUAAUUACAUUCUUUUGGCUACCAUCUGUGACAAUGUUCCACCAGCUGUCAUCACUUUAAUCCAUGAUCUGUAUUCAAGCUGUACACAAUCUGUACACGUUGAAAUAAAUGAAAUAAUAAAGGCAAUGUAAACAAGAA